UCUCACUUCAAACUCAAUCACCCUUUUCCAGGUCUAAGUGCUGAGCUCUCCGAGGGUUUUGUUGGCUUCUCUCUCUCUCUCUCUCUAGCCCUCCCAAAGCUUCCAUGGCGCCGCUUCCAGGGCCUUACUCUGGCACCAGCACUCUCGCUCUGGUGGCUCGUGCAUCGGCCCUCACUUUCGGUGUCGUCUACGGAAGCGUCAAACUCAAGUAUCUCAAGGCUAAGGCAAAAUCACAAAUGAAGGCUGAGGCUAAGGGGCAUCAUUGAAGUACAGUACUCCCAUUAUUGAUUUCCAAUAAUGCAUAAUGAUAGACACUGUAGUUUUGGUAUACCAUGAUACUCCAUUGAAAAUUCUGCAAUUUUUCAAGUUGGUUGCCCUGCCUAUGGAUUAUGAUUGAACUUUACAUCUUCUAGUGGUUGAUGAGUGAUGAAAGAGAUGCUGUUAAGAAGGAUGUUUACAAACCCUUAAUUCAAAAUAAUUAUUCAUC